AUGCUUCGACUUACUCUAAUCCUGGCUACAAUUGUAAUGUUCUCGCGGGCAGAUCUGCCAGAUGGAUUGGCAGACUACGGUGCAGACGAAACAGACAUGUACUCCCCAUACAUGCAAAGAGAACGCCGUUUUCUGCUCGGUGCCGGUUUUCCCGGACCCCGUAGACGACUGCAUCGUUCAAAACGGGACGAAAACGACGAGGAUGAUGAGGACUACGAGGACGGUUGGGUGCAAAAGCGAUUCCUCCUCGGACUGCCUGCGCGCAGCUUGCAAAGACACAAUCGUAAACGCUUCCUCUUGGGUUUGCCUACCAGAUCACGUACAGCUUAA